ACGCGCGUCCGGGAAGCAGUGGGACGGACGGACCGACCGAGCGGCCGGGAGAUGCGCGGCUUCGAGAGCCCGCCCGAGUUCCAGGUCUGCCCGCAUGCGGCGCCCCGGGGCAUCCGCGACCCCUCCUCGGAGCUGUGGCUGAUCAAAGCGCCCGCCGACUUCGAGCCUCGUAGUUUCUCUGGGAAGAAGGUGCCGUUGGUUGGUUUCCAAUCACUCAGGUCUAAGAUCUGCGAGGACAAAGUUUACAACGUGUUCGCCACCACGGGAGGCACGGGCGACGUCUGCCUGGUCCUCCCCUCGGAAGCAGGGGCCGAGACAGAGCGCUGCCCCGAGUUUGCCGGGUGCAUCACCAUCGACGAGAACUGGGAGGGGGCGGCCAGCGGUUCCGAGCCGAGCUGCAUCCCCAGCAGCCCCGCUCCUGGCAUCCCGCCGGGCCUGAAGCUGCGGUUCCAGCCCUUCGGGGUGGGCCCGCCCGGGUGGGAGCCCAGGCAGCGGCAGCCGGCGCCCAAGCGCAGGAAGAAGAGGGCGAGGGAGGAGCCGGCCAGCGGCGGGCUCAGAACCGGCUGCCGAGCCACGGAUUCGGAAACUCCGGGCGACUCCGGGAAAAAGAGGAAGAAGAAGAAGCGGGAGGAGGCGGCCUUCCAGACGCCGGACGUGGAGACAGAUUGCCAGCCGAGAAAGCGGAAGAGGAGCCCGGAGGAGAGCCUCGAGGUUGGGCCUGAUGAAUCAGAACACAGGCACAAGAAGAAGAAGAAAAAGAAGGAUAAAAGUUAAAUGGUCAACUUGAGCCCCAGGCGAUGGGCAAUGCCCUGCCGGGGACGGGGCGUCCUGUGACAAUUGGGUUGCGGAGGCACCGGUCCCGGGACGCUCUCCACCCAGCCCCUGGGAGAGCCUGUUUCCAUCUUGCUUCAGUGCUCCCUUGUAUCGGGUGGUGGGUGGCACCUCUGCCACCUGCUGGAGGAACACGCCCUCAAGCUCAGUGUUAAAUCCUCAGGUGUGAGCGUUCGUGGCUGGGCCGCUGCAGGAAAUGAUCACCUUCUACUCCCCGGUGACUCCCACCAGCUGCAUCAAGGGAUUUUAGCGCCUCUGACUGGACAUUUCCUCAAACCGAGGGUUGUGUGCCAAGGUACAGAACAAGUGGAAAGGGCUGAAUGGCCUCCUGGUCGGUAACUUGCCCAGGUUUGUGUAUUGAAGGCACGUCAGUGGAAUCUCGCUGCAUUGAGAGGAUGCCUUGGAAGUUAUCGAUUGUGGGCGCCCUUGGCCAAUUUCCUUCUGAGCCUGAGGUCACUGAAGAACAUUGGCUUUAAAGCCUCCCUCCUCGCUCUUGGUCCUACAUACAGAACUGUGCAAGACAGACGCGUGUAUAUAUAGAGCUAGGUCGCCGAAGGAUUUUGCACAGCACUGUAGUAAUUUUGUUUAUUGCACUAUACUGAUGCCAAAAAAAAACAAAUUUCAUGACAUAAUGUGAUUCUGAUCUGGGUCUCUAUUGUGGACUGAGUGUGGGAAGGGGACAGGGAGAGGGGAAUCACGGUUGGGAAAAGGAGAAGGGAGAGAGAAGCACCAGAGAGACAUUCUGUAAUGAUCAAUAAACCAAUUGUUUGGAAUUGAAUGUCGUUGCCUGGUGUCUCAGGGCUGGGUGUGUCUGCACCUGUACCAUCAUCCCUCCCCUGGCACUUCUCUGCCACCUGUCCCUCACCUCUCCAACAGCACUGCACCCUCACCAUUCCCAAAAUCCUUUGCUCCCAGCAGAUUUACAAACUCACUCUCCACUCUGCGUUGACAAAUACAGUCCUGUGCAGAAGUCCUAGGGCACCCUGGCUAUCUGUAUGUGCCUCAGACUCUUGUAGAAUGAGAUUUGGAGAGGCACAACACUUUAACAGCAACCCAGGUGCAAUUCCCAGUGCUGCCUGCGAGCUGUUUGUAGUUCAGGGUACAAAGGCGCACUGGACAGUAGAUUGUAAAUUGCCCUGUGAUUAAUUUGGGGUGAAAUUGGGAUGCUGGGCAGCGUGCUUCAAAGGACCGAAAGAGCCUAUUCCCAGCUGUAGCUCAAUAAAUAAAACGUCCUGUUCAUUUGACCAGCAAAAAAUGAAGAAGCAAAUCUCUUAGCCCCACUCCUUUCCCCAAACCGUUCAAAUCUUUACUCUGUUUAAUGUUUGCAGAGCUCACAGUGUUCUGUUUUGUUUCCUUCUCGGCCCUCCUACACAGGGUGGCUCAGACCACAUUCCACACACGGAACAGAAUUUAAGCUGGAGCUUUGCUCUGUGUUCCUACUGUCGGACCUGCGAUGGGUGUGCCACCUGACUCUUUAUUUAACCUGUGGUGGGACAGGAACUUCAACAUAUUUCUGGUUUAUUAGCUAACCCUGCCGUGAGAGUCUUUAACUGGAUGGUGGGGAUAUGGAGGGCUAUGGUCCCAGUGCAGGUCAAUGGGAGUCGGCAGGUUAAAUGUUUUCAGCAUGGACUAGGUGGGCUGGAGGGCCUGUUUCUCUGCUGGACUUCUCUAUGACUCUUUGACUGCAGAAGUGUGGAGGGAGCUUUGUGAUGCCUCAGGGCCCACUUUGGGGCAUUCCUGCUCGGGCCUCCAUUUUGAUAGCUUCCAAAUAACAUUACUGGAAACAGACUGGACUGUUCACAGUGGCCAGAAUUCUCCGGGAGGGCCUUGGGAAGCCUGUCAACACCUACACUCCUCAUCCAGAAAAACCCAGCCACAACUAAAAAGGUUAGAAGCUUGUAAUGGCUUCCCUCACCAGCCCACAGUGUUUCCUGUAGUGAGGCAGUCUCGGGCCAGAGGGAACUGCCUCAGAAUGAGACAUCCUUUUACAACAGGGGUGAGGAAUUUCUUAUAGCAGAGGGUGGUGAAUCUGUGGAAUUCAUUGCCACAGGGGAGGCUUUGGAGGAUAAGCCAUUGAGUGUAUUUAGAGUGGAGAUUGACAGGUUCUUGAUUAGUCAGGGCAUCAAAGGUUAAGGAGAGACGGCAGGCUUUAGGAGGGAAAAUGAAUCGGCCGUGAUGGGAUGGAGGAGCAGGCUCGAUAGGCUGAUCCUGCUGCUGUGUCACCUGGUCUGUGGUCACACUGUGGGUCCAUGUCCACUCGAUGUUCACAUGGUCCAUGGUCACUCGCUGCUGGGGGCUUACCCAGUUUGUCCAAAUCAAUGAAUGGGCUGAUCAAAUCAAUUAAUAUUUAAUUAUCCUUCAAACAGCCGAACAAAAGUGUUCCUCUGCGGCCAGGGUGCAAAACGUACACAGCACAUUCAAAAUAGCGAGCAAAUAAAAACAGUCACGCCAGAAAAACACACACAUAGCCCGAUACCCUGAGCGACAGUUCCUGACAAUCCAGCCUGUCGUUCCACCAAUCCAACACUGGAUGGCAGCACCGACAGGGGAGGAGGACAAAUGCUAGAGAGAGAAAUAAGGCAAGUUUUGUUUGUCACUGACUUACAGUCCUGUGCAAAAGUCAUAGGCACUUAAACAUUCAGCCAGAGAGUGGCGAAUCUGUGAUAUUCUUUGCCACAGGCAGCUGUGGAGGCCAAGACAUUGGGGUAUUUAAGGCAGAGGCUGAUAGAUUCCUGAUUGGUCAGGGCAUGAAGGGAUAUGGGCAGAAGGCAGAAACUGGGGCUGAGAGGGAAAAUAGAUCGGUUAUGUGGAAAUGGCAGAGCAGACUUGAUGGGCCAAAUGACCUAAUUCUGCCCCUAUAUGUAGAUAUAUGUAAAGAGAGGUACAAAAAGAGCACGCGUGCUAAGGUGCCAAAGACCUUUGCACAGUUCUGUGGUAAUUUUAUGUGUGUAUUGUUCUGCUGACACAAAAAAAAUCAUCACUCACAUGUCAUGAAUAAACCCUCUGUUGUGGACUGAGAGUGGGAAGGGGGCAGGGAGAGGGGAAUCAUGGUUGGGAAAAGAGGAAGGGAGAGGGAAGCACCAGAGAGACUCUCUGUAAUGAUCAAUAAACCAAUUGUUUGGAAUCAAAUGACCCUGGCUGGUGUCUCAGGCUGGGUGUGUCUGCACCCAUCCCUGGCACUCCUCUGCCACCUGUCCCACACCCCUCCCAUGGCACUCCACCCUCGUCAUUCCCAACUUCCUUUGCUCCCUCCAGAUUUACAAACUUGCUCACCGCUCCACGUUGACAAGUACGGUACUGUGCAAGGAACCGGCCGGAUUCGAACCCAGGACCAUUUGAGGCGAAUGGUCCGGGGUGGAUACCACUCCACCACUCUAUAUGUAGUGCAUUUAAAUGGAGUUACCCGUCUUCUUAAAAAUGCUCCCUGGUCCUGAGACUGGACAAAAUACUCAUAGUAGUAGUCAUAGUCAUACUUUAUUGAUCCAUACCUUAACUCUGCAAGAACUGUACUGCAGCAAACAUUCACCCUUGGCCUUGCAAAGAAAAUUAAAACCCUAAGACAUAGGAGCAGAAUUAGGCCAUUCAGCCCAUCGAGUGUGCUCCAACAUGGCUGAUUUAUUUUCCCUCUCAACCCCACUCUCCUGCCUCCUCCCUGUAACCUUUGACAUUUGGAACAGAAGUGGUGGAAGCAGCUACAAAGACCUUAAGACAUAAAAACAGAAUUAGGCCAUUCAGCCCAUCAAGUCUGGUCCACAGUUCCAUCAUGGCUGAUCUAUUAUUCCACCCCCCCAACCCCAUUCUCCCUGUAACCUUUGACACCUUUACUAAUUAAGUACCUACCAACCUCCGGUUGAAAUAUACCCAAUAACUUGGCCUCCACAAUGAAUUCCACAGAUUCACCACCCUCCUCAUCACAGUUCUAAAGGGACGGCAUUCUCAGAUUUAAAGUCAGCCCCCGAGUCCUUGCCUUGCAUCCUACAAAUAGUUCACAGGAAAACAAUAUAGUUCGAAGGCCACCGGGGAAGCCAGAGGUUUGCCUGUGGUAAGGCCACAAAUCACUGCAGGUCCAGAAGCCAGUGCCAGCCGGAUGGAAGUAUGUGGAUAGGCUGAAACGGGCUUGAUUUGCUGGUCGUUGUGUCCUGUGUUUUUCCGCCAAGCAUUGUGUGCUUGCUGAAUGACGCCUUGUGGAUCCGUCCGUCGUGUCGGCUGUUAACACAAAUGAGGCAUUCCUCUGUACGUUUCGAUGUGAUCGGUGAGUCUGAAUCGGAGUAACAUCUGGGGAGAGAUCAGCGAAGCCGGCAAUACAUUUCGCACCCGUGGAGGCGGUCGGGAGUUCUGAGUUACCUACAAGCUAAAGUGGGGUUCUGCGCAAUCGGAUAUAAACACUUGUGAGGAUUGGGAGUGAUACUGAACGUCAGAGGGAGUGUGGGAUCUGGUGAUUUUUCCAGUCCCAGGUUCUUUUCGGAGUUGCUUCAUGAUUACUCGUUUGAAGUUCAAACAAAGGAACAGAGGAAGAGCACGAGAAACCAAGACAACGACAGCAAACUUUGCACUUUUAUACUUGAGAUAAUGCAAGAUCCUGAGGACAACAAGGGCCAUCACGGCACGUCAAUGAAAACUCUUAUCUGACUGCUGUAUGCUUUUCUGCCGGUAGGUGGCGACAAACACCAC